UUUUAUGUACCAUCUAUUUAUAAAACGUGAAAAUACCACCACCAAAAACAUCAAAAUAUUUCCCUUGAACAAAUUUUCUUGUAUAAAAAAUUUGGAAAGCACCAUUUUUUUUUAAUGGCUUCAACUAGGUUGCUGAGAAUGUCUAAACCUUUAGGCCUUACUACUGAAACCCUUGUCUCAAUUAGAAGUAGUGUUUCAUCAAGGCCUGGGACACUAAUGUGUCUGAACAAAGUAGGGCUGAGUUCCGACAUUCCUCCUGGCGGCGCCGGUGAGAGGAAGCCGGCGCCGGCGAAGGCGGCCGGCUGUAGCUCAUCCUGCGCCGUCGUUUCGGAGCCGAAGACGGAUAAAAGGACGGAUUUGGGAAUCCUAUUUGUCUAUGUUGCUGAUGCUUUAUCCCAUUGGAGGAAGUUUGUUAUAGAAAAAAGGCCAUGGGGAUUGCAUGCACAGAUGUUCCUUGAAAAGACUAUAGUGGACUGCCGAUUCUUUACAUUGUUAGCGAUUGGUGGAUCUUUGAUUUGUUCCGUACUAUGUUUCUUUGAGGGGUGUUUUCUAGUAGUAGGAUCGUAUUUUCAUGCGCUUUCACGAAUGUCGGAGCAAGCGCAAGUGGUCCACCAAUUAAUGGAAGCUAUUGAUAUGUUCAUCAUGGGAACAGCAAUGCUUGUUUUCGCAAUGGCAUUAUACGUAAUGUUCGUGGGAUCACAUGAUUCGGAUAGUAUUAGUGGAUCGUCUAAGAAUUUCAAUCUCAAGUCGUGGAUGGGAAGGGGAUCUGCGAUGGAAGCAAAGUCGAAAAUCGGGCAUGCUGUAAUGCUGAUUCUGCAAGUGCAAGUGUUGGAUAAAUUCAGGAGCAUAGCAGUGAGUAAUGGUAUGGAUCUUGCCUGUUUUGCAGGGGCCAUAUUUUUGUCCUCUGCUUCUAUUUUCGUGCUUUCCAGAAUCUCUUCUGCUCCUGCCUACGUCGACCACAAAUAGUAAACAAGAACAACUACUGCUCUCAUUAGCUUUUGUAGCGGACACGCGCAGGAUCCUUCACCACUUCAGUGCUGCCAAUUUAUGUAUUCUUUGAUUUGUAUAUAUAAUUCAUUAUUGGGAAAAUAUCAAUUCAUAUCUUAUAAUACUACCAUAAAGAUAGUACGUUGUAUGUGUUAUUGAUCGUGGACCUAAUCGAAAUAUAGUGUUUGUUUUAGCAAA